CACAGUAGGUGGCGCAGGGAGCCGGGCAAGUCCUUUGCCACACAUCUUCACCGGCCACGAAACCUUUGGGCCUAGUCUCCCACUCCGAAUUUGCUAUGGGAGAGGUAGAGACAGCAGCUCCAAUUGCGGUACCGGAAGGUGGCGGCGAGCAAGAACCUCCAGAGGAGCCGGUGUCUUGGAGUCCCGAAGUAGAAGUCUGCCUUUUCCACGCCAUGCUGGGACACAAGCCCGUAGGUGUAAACCGUCACUUUCACAUGAUCUGCAUUCGUGAUAAGUUUAGCCAGAACAUUGGCCGUCAGGUCUCCUCCAAGGUCAUCUGGGAUCAUCUUGGUACCAUGUACGAUAUGCAGGCGCUGCACGAGUCUGAAAUCCUUCCAUUCCCCAACUUAGAGAAAAACUUCAACCUUCCAGAUGAGAUAUUUCAGAGUGUAAGAGAAGGAAAAGUAGGGACAGAAGAUGAAGUGAAAGAAGAAAUAAAGGAAGAAUCUGAGACAACCACAGGAUCAGAAGAAGGGAUCCACAGCAAAGUACCAGAAAAAAACUUUACCAAGGAACGGGAUAAAAGUUCAGCAGAUGGAGGUUCAAAGGAAGCCGCAGAUAAACGCAAACGCAACCGUGUCACUGAGAAAGUUGCAACCACCACCAACAGUGGUGAUCCUUCCAGUCCCAGUGCAGCUAAGCGUCGUAGAACAUAACUGCUGACAUGCUCCAUUCUGGAUCAGAACAAUGAAAGAUGUGGUGUCAAGCAACACCAAGAAGAAAAGUCAGUACAUCAGCAUGUUGGAGGUGACCUGCAAGCAGUGGUUGACCACAGACUUGUAAACGACAGUUAUGUACUGACUCUUGGAAUAUUCAAAUCAAUGACAAAGAGUUUGGAUGCUUAAGAACAGUGGCAAGGCAGUGUGUUCUUAUUGCAAUAUGACUGAUAUUUGGUUGAAUGAUAAAGCAGUGAUCCUGGAGAUCAUGUGUAUGUGUGUGAACAGAUGAGGGUUCCAGAAAUGCUAAUUUUGCUUUUGGUGAGAUGUUUGGUAGGGGAUUGCCUGUGAAUGGGACACUGCAGCUAAAUACAGACUUCAGUUCUGUAAACACUUUGCUUUUAAAUGACUGUUGAAGUUGGGAUUUAAUGAGCUGUUAUUUUCUUGUUAACCUGCAGACUGUGAGUUAUGUAAAACCCUGCAGUGACUUUACAACAUUCAGAAGUGAAGAAAUAUGUUAUCUGUUAGGCAUUCUGUAUGUGGCCUUGUUAAGCAGAUAGUGUAAUUUACUCACACAUUCCUAGUCUUCGAGACUCCUCCUUGCUGUUUAUUUUAAAGCAGAACAAUUUGUAAGUUGGGAUGCCUUUUAAAGGAAAAGUUUAAAAGAUCUUGUACCAGGAAGGUCAGCUAUACCUGGCGGUACUGUGGUGCACAUAUCUGUACACUUACAUGUCGCUGUGCACAGAUGCCAGCUUUGCCAGAACUCCCAUUUCCUCAUUUCAGGUGAUGAAAUUCAGCUACUGGCUUUGUCAUUAAUAAGAGUAAAAUGCAGGAAAACUGCAAAGUGGAGUAACUCAAAAAAAUGACAAAACAUUCCUUGUUCAACCUAUCUGUGGUGUUUCUGUUUUGUCUUUGCUAUUAAUGUUAAACUGAAUGUGGAUUCCCAGCUGCAGUGUCCUCAAACUCCUUGUGACUGCCUGACUGGCAGAUGGUAAUACAGGAUGUUUGUCAUCUAAUAUCAUCUUGGACAUGGUACUCACUGUGUUAACUUUUGUACAAGGUUUCAUCAUGAAACUGUUCAAUUAAAAUGAAAUUCAAAAUAA